AUGAAUGCUUGUAAUGGCGGUUGCAACAAACCUCUGAACGCUAAUGAAAAGAUUUCCUGCUCUCAAACUAACCGCAAAAAACAAUUUCAUUACUUUUGUGUUCAACUGACAAGUGCUAAAAAGCCGACUAACUGGAAAUGCCCUGACCGCAUUCAAGAAAUAUCAUCAACUCAGCGUAAUAAAAUCAAAAAUGAUACACCCGUUGUAAAAUUCACUAUUAACAUUUAUUACCAAAACAUCCGCGGUAUGUGGACUAAAUUGCCUGAUGUCUUUUUGGAAGUUAGCGCUAACAAUUUCGAUUUAAUCGUAUUAACAGAGACUUGGCUUAAUGAUAGUAUAUUUGAUAGUGAAAUUUUCGAUAGUAGGUAUCAAGUAUUUAGGAGGGACAGAUCAUCCAACACUUUUAAUGAGAAUAAUGAUGGAGGUGGUGUUGCUAUCGCUGUAAAAAAGUCAAUUAGUGCUUAUAGAAACCACAAUUUUGAAUCUCGUUGUGAAGAUUUAUGGGUAACCCUAGAGCUGGGUAACUAUAGAAUCUGUGUUUGUUCAGUUUACUUACGUUCUCCUCUAAAUCAAACUCAUCUCAAGCAUUUUACUGAAAAUGCUGGUAAUGUCAUUAAUAAUACAUGCAAUGAUAUUCUUAUUUUUGGAGAUUUUAAUCUGCGUGACAUUGUUUGGACUCCUUCUAAUGCAGAUUCAUCGCUAAAACCCAGCAAUUUCGAUAAUAUCUUCGGUUAUGAAUUCGUAGACUUCUUGUCUAGUUAUGAUCUAAAGCAAUACAGUCAGAUCUCUAAUCACCAGGCCAAAAUUCUCGACCUCGUGCCGAGUAACACAUUCUGUGAUAUAUCAGUUUGA